GUUACAAUGGCUGUAUGCCGAAGCUCGGUUGAGCAGACUUUGCUGCCAAGCCUCCGAUUUUGCCCCUGGUCGAUUUUCUGCUUCGCGAUGCUAAAGCCUCCAAUGCGACAGCAGGACCAGCUCAUGGCCAGCAAGGCCAAAGAGAAACUUUGGCAAGAAGCCCUGGGGAUUUUCCAGGAGGUGAAAGCAAGUGCGCGACCCGACAUCGUGAUGUACACCACGGCCCUGACUGCCUGCCGCAAAGCAGCGAAGUGGCAAGCUGCGCUGGCCAUCUUGCAGGAAGCCCAAGAGGAGGCCGAGGUCAAUGUCACCACCUUCACGGCUGCCCUCAGCUGCUGUGGCAAGGCUGCCCAGUGGAAGCAGGCUUUGCAUGUACUCGGCUGCAUGCAGAAGUGGCAGCUGCAGCCCAACGUUGUCACGAUGGGUGCAGCCAUCGACGCCUGCGGAAAGUCUCAGCAGUGGCAGCGUGUGGCCGCCCUCUUUGCCGAGCUUUCGGAGAGAUCCUUUCAGCCCAACGCGGUGGUCCUGAGCGCCGGCAUCAGCGCCGUCGAGAAGGCCGGUUGUUGGCAGCUUGCCCUCCGUCUCCUCCGAACUGCGGACGCGAGGGGCGCGAACGUUUGGGCGUACAACGCGGCCAUCAGUGCGUGCGGGCAAAGUGCGCGCUGGCAAGACGCCCUACUUUUGAUGCGCGAGGCGGCUGAAGCUGCGGUUCGGGUGGACACCAUUACGGCCAGUGCGGCCUCCGGGGCGUGCGAGAAGGCCAGUGCAUGGCAUGCCGCGCUACAGCUGCUACAUGUUCUACCUCAUGCCUCCGUGGAUGCCAAUGUGGUGACCUACAGUUCUGCAGUCAGUGCCUGCGAGAAGCAAUCGCGCUGGCGAUUUGCCAGCUGUUUGCUGGCCCUGGCCCAAGGCGCACGCCUGGGGGACGUGAUUCUGCACGGCGCCAGCGUCAGCAGCUGCCAGAAAUCCAACGAAUGGCGCUGGGCAGUGCAAGGUUUGGCCCGGCUCCCACAGCUGGGCCUCGUGCCAGAUCUGGUGGUCCAGAAUGCCGGCAUCAGUGCUUGUGAUGACUGGAGACGCUCGCUGGCGCUGAUGCCCCGCACCUCCGCGAGAAGUCGCAGGAACCUGGUGACGUACAGCUCCGCUCUCACAGGAAAGGUGCACUGGCGCCACUCCCUGCAGCUGCUGGCGGAGCUGAGGUCGAGAGGCUUGGAAGCUGCGCCCAUCGUCUACACCUCGAUCAUGAACAGCUUGUCGAAUCGCUGGCAGCACGCGGUUUACCUGACGACGGCCACUGAGCUGGACACCGUCGCGUACAAUGCCGCGACCAACGUUUGCCGACUUGCAGCCCAGUGGCUGCAAGCGCUCUUCUUGGCGAGGCGGCUGCAGGACCAACGUCUUCAGCCCAGCCUCCUGGUCUUCGGUUGGGCCUUCUCGGCCUCUGCGACCACGGACUGGCGCCUUGGCGAGAACCAGAGGCGCUUGGACAAGGUGAUUCGAAACGCGAAAGUUGAUAGUGUCAUCCCCUUGGAUUGGCUCAGCUCGAGAAUCGAGACAGGCUCCUCAUUGUCCGCCAGAUUCCGCCAGUCAUCAUCCAUCAUCAUCCAGUCAUCGCCAGUCGCCAUGGCAUCUUGGUGCAUGCUCUGCGCCUCCGCGCUGGCUGAUGCUGGCUUCUGGUGCGACAGGGGCCACGCGAUGCACAAGUGGUGCUACGAUCGCGUUGGGUGCCCAGCUUGCGCGGUGGAGGCCAGUCGCAGCGAGUACUUGCGGGCCUGGCCUGGGGCGGUGUUGCUGGUGGCCUUUGGGUUUCGCCGGCUGUACACGAGCGAGGAGGAGGACCCAGCCAGGCUGGCAGUCACCAUGGGGGAAGACCUGGGCCGGACAGGCAUCUUCAGGAUUCUUGAGUGCCAGCUGAGGCGGCCUUUCUUGCCCAACCCGCAGCCGUCGUGGUCAGACACAGCCGUCUUUGCGUAA